CAUGGGCAUAAAGCAUCUAGAAGCGUACGCGACGGAGCGCAAACACGUCCACACCCUCCCCCUCUCGACGCUCUCGGAUUCGCGCUUGGGGAUCGAUGCCGCGUACUACCUCCAACAGCUCCUGGACACCCCCGGCUCGCGCGAGCCGCUCCUUGCCGCGACGGGCGGGCUCCCGCUCGGCCUCACCCAGCGUAUCGAGUCGGAUUUGCGCGCGCUCGACCGACUUCGGAUCAAGCCCGUGUUCGUGUUCCCUGGGCUCGUGCCUAACAGACGCAGCAAGAAUCAGGGCGGCUCGGGGAACGCGAACAACAGUAGCAGCAGCAACGGCAUGCACAUGAAUAUGGGGCCGGCGGGGAUGGGGCCGCUGGCGCCUGGUGGCGGGCUGGAGCAGGUCGAGGCGUGCCGCGAUAGGCGGGACGCGUGGGCCAAGUACGAAGCGGGGCAGGAGGACGCUGCGACGAAGUUGUUCGAGGGGCGCAGUGCGUUCCAGCAGUGGGAUCUCUGGAGGAUGGUGUUGCGCAUCUUCAGACAUCGGAACGUGGAGUUCAUCGUCGCGCCUUACUGUGCGUGGGCCCAGCUCAUUUAUCUGCAACGCCAUCCGAAGCAAUACAUUCAUGCCAUAUUUGGGUCUACGGACACUCUGUUGUAUCCGGGCGUCGACCGCCUCAUCACUCAUAUCGAUCUCGUCGCUGCAGCCAAUGCACUCGGUCCCUCAUCAUCCUUGGCUUCCUUUUCGUCCGCAUUCGGACCCCCUCCUCCAUCCCCAGCGACAGCCUCUAAUGCUACUCCGGCAACGUUCACUUACAUCUCCAAGCGUUCCAUCAUCACCGAGCUCGGCCUUUCUGAAGACCUCUUCCUUGACGUUGGAAUACUGGUAGGCUUCGGCUGGAACACCAAUCCGGCUGCAGUUUCUUACGCUGGGGGUUAUGGUGCUGGAGGUGGAGGCUAUGGUGGCGGAGGAAUGGGUGGGACCAUGCCGUUCCCACCAACUGUUCACGAACAGGCCUUGAAAGCCACUGUGGACAUGGUUAAAUACUACAAGUCGGGCUUUGCUGCAGUGACCGCAUAUGCAGAACACCCGGCCGUUAAAAGUCUGGGAUAUCCCGAACAUUAUGCAAGGACGAGAACCAUGGUUCGGUACUCGCUUAUCUUCUCGGCUGAGGGAGUAGUGCUUCCGUUACCCGUUGCUCUCUCUAGCACGGCCAACUCACCGUCUGGGUCUGGGCCUGCUCCCAAUGGCGGAAAUGUUGUUAGCGCGGCCGAGGUUCCGACGGACCUGAACGACGUGUUUACGCAUCGAUUACCUGAUGAGAUCUUCUUUUAUCUUUCCCGUGGCCUCCUCGGGCCGCAAGCUCUGGUCUGGCUCACGAGCGGACAGAUCGCCGAGAGCCCGCCCUUGGACAAUGGGGAGACGACCGAGUAUAAACGAUUUGUGAAGGAAGUGGUGACUGACGGGCAGACUGGUCCGAGGGCUACGGCCCUUGCGCUCCUUUCGUCCGUUUGCCACUCGUUCUGGGGCAAUCGGAAGGUUACGGGAUAUUUCUGGUUCGAGCAGCCUGGCCCUCAUGCGCAGAAGCAAGUUCAGCAUGGGGCACCGCAGACGACCCAACUGGCAGAACGGGUGUCUGGGUGGAAUGUAUCAUAUGCGGUAGUCGAAGAAGAACUUCGGCGGCAGAAUUCUGCCACGAUUGACUUCGCGCUCUGCCUCGGGGCAACUGCUACGGAACGUCAUGCAGCGAGGACCCGGGUGAAAGCCUCCUCAACGACUCCAUUCGAGAAGAAGGACGAAGUCGUGGCUAAUGUGAUAUGGCGGUUCCUCGAGCUUCGGGGAUUCCUGCUCAAUACGCACACUCAUUCCCCGCUAGCUCGGGCCAUGUACGUGGCCAACAAGAGUUCGAAGCUAAACGACAAGUUUCAAGACCCGCUGUAUCUCUUUUUGGAACUCGUGCGUGCAGGGGUUAUGCACGGCCACUUGUGGAGCGGCCGGGCGUUCAGUGGUGGACCCAGCUUCGGCACUGAUGAGGAAAAGUCUGCCAUGCUGUUGGUUAUGCGGGUGAUGAGCAUCGUUCCGAUGACAUUCAAGCCUGUGCCGUGGUCAGCGCCUCUGUCGCGCGAGCUGCUUGUCUUCAAUUCCUUCGUGCGCAGCCUGACCCGGGCCCUUCGCACAUUGAUCGAGGUGACUUCGUUGAACAUGCUUCUGCGCCACGACGCACGGCGAGGUCGUGACGAUCUGCUAGACAUUUCGCUUAGCUUGCCAUUCCAGACGGAGGCGAACACGGGCUUUGGAGUGCUUGGGAAAGUUUAUCUGGAUGCGCUGACGCACAUCAACAAUCGGACACGCGUUCGGGAUCCAAAUGCGCCCGGCGUCAAAGAGGCCAAGGCGAUGGCCUUGGAAAUCUGCGAGGAAACGUUCCCGGGUGUGAAAAACCCCAAGUUGGAAGUAGAGCGUGGGUUCCGCUUCUGGGACGUGGCAUUGACUGCUAUGCGCCAAUUGCACUCUGAAGGUGCCGUGCUUCGCGAGCUGAUUGACCAAUUUGAGGCUGCCGAAGCCUGGUUGGCGCCGAUGCGUCCUUGAAUGAGGGCCGGCUGUCCGUGGGAUAAAAUCUUCCUCCUUCACAUUACGCGUUCGCUUUUAUGUAGCUUUUUUGAGAAAAUGUCACGCCCCAUGCGCCAUGUUCUCAUCAUGCGGCUGAGCAACGGGUAACCACAUACUCACCACCGGAGCUUGCGGGCGCUAUCCUGGGCCCGUGAUUAACGCUACGACAAGCCAGGUGUCUCGA